AUGGAUGAUCCUGCAAAUAUACCACUAAUCAAUCGAGCAGGUGGAUUGAUUGAUGAUUGCUGGAAAUGUUGGAGUGGUCCACUCGAGCCAACACCAGAGCCUGAGGAAAUUGGGAUGCAGGUUAGAGUGCAAAUAGUACCCGAAGAACAGCCACAAAUUAACGAGGAUGACUUCAUAAAGCUUUUGGUCUCCAUUCAAAGCUGUAAGCCUGAGCAAGUGAAAGAGCAGUUUGAUGCACAGAGCGUUGCUUACAGAAAGCUGCUCUUGGAGAAAAGAACGAGCUCUUGGAGCAAAGAACAUAGUUUUCCGCCCGGUUUGACCGCUUUUCAUUGUGUGGCCCUUGGGACUGAGCGGCCAAGCGAAAGUGUUGAAAUGGUAAAUCCUGAUCCUGCACAGCAAGCCCAAGCUGAAGCUUUGCGAGAAAUCAUCGAAAUAUUCGAUGCAAAUGGUGACAUCAACGCAAAAGACGGCAAGGGUUACGCUCCUUUGCACUAUGCGGUCAUCACAAAUUCCGAAUUCACCACAAAACUCUUGUUGGAAUCGGAGAAGUGUGACAGAGAUCUUUUGGAUGGUCAUGGAAGAACUCCGCUGAUGGUGGCUUGUUUGAAAAAUGCGGACAAAGCGGUGAAAGAGUUGAUUCCGGUUCUCCAGCCGAAUAUACUCUUAAAGGAAUAUGCACGGAAAGACACAAUUCUUCACUUUUUGCUCAAAUGCGAGCGCACGAUGAUCAGCGCUUUUUUGGAUGCAAUAAUAGACAAUGAUCAAUUUGCAUGGAUGAAAAGCCUUCGGAAAAUGCUUAACGUGAAAAAUGAUCUGGGAAUCACACCGCUGCAAAUUUGUGUCGAAGCUGGGCAGUUGGAAGAGUUGAAGAGACUCUUGGAUUUACUCAAGCCGGCCGUCCCUCUUGCUUCUCCCGAAGGAUCAAGGGAUCCCGGAAGGGAAGAGGAAAUCCAAAACUUCCAGAAAUAUUGGGAAGAAGUCAAAAAAAACACUAUUGAGCAAAAUGCCCAUAUCUUGCAUGUGGCAGCUGCGUUUGGAUUUCUGAUCAAAGAUGAAAAAGGAGAAAUGAUUAAAAAUAAAGAUGGAGAAAAUCUGUUGCAUGUGGCCGCUAAAAACAAUCAUCGCGAGAUUAUCAAACAACUUGUCGGGUUACCAUGUGCGAGCAUUCUUGAUGCAACCGACAACAAUGGAAUGACUCCACUUCUUCACACUGCUAGCACAAAUGCUUGGGAAGCGGCUGAUUUUAUGAUCGAUUUCUAUCUUAAUGGAAAUGAACUCGAUUUGUUCUUUUGCGAGAAUAACAAAAAAGAGAAUAUGUUGAUCCUGGCUAGUAACAACAAUCAUGUGGAUUUCAUUGAGAUUUUGUUGAAGCAUCGAGCCAUUUUGACAGCACUUGAUGAUUUCAAUGACACUGUUUUGCACGUGGCAGCAAGGGCUGGCCACGUUUCUGUGGUUGAGUACCUGCUGAGUUGCUCAAAAGAGCACCUAGAAGAGCAACAACGAGAACACCAACGCCAAGAACAGCAGCGACAGCAAGAACAGAAUCAACAACAGCAGCAAAAUAUGCCGAACAAUCCAAUUCAACACUCUGAAGUGCAGCUAGACGUCGAGCAGGAUAUUUACGUGAUAUUGAAUGCACGUAACUCGAUUUCGAAUACUCCACUUCACGAAGCGGCCGCGGCUGGAUUUGCUAAAAUUUGUCAAAUCUUGCUGCAAAAGAGAGCAGAUCCAAAGGCCAAGAAUCACAGGAAGAGGACGCCGUUUGAUGUGGCCAUCUCGGAGGGACAAGCCGAAUGUGUGAAAGUGUUACUGAGAUAUUCCGAUAUUGACGGAGAUGUUGGUGACGCAAUUAUGGCUCCACUGCAUCAUGCAGCAAGAAAAGGACAUUCGAAAAUCGUCACUUAUUUGCUCGCGAAAGAUGCCCAGAUCGGUAAAAAGCAGAAAGUUCAAGGCGCUUCAAAGUACUUUCGUUUCAUU